CGCGCGCCCGGCUCCGGGAUCCCGGCGCCCGGCCUCGCUCCCCAUGGGGCUGCGCCGCUGGCUGCGGAGCGCCUGCUGCUGCUGCCCGUGCCGGUGCCUGGAGGAGCCCGCGCGGCCCGAGAAGGAGCCGCUGGUCAGUGGUAACAAUCCAUAUUCCUCCUUUGGAGCGACUCUGGAGAGGGACGAUGAAAAGAAUUUAUGGAGCAUGCCCCACGACGUGUCUCACACAGAGGCAGAUGAUGACAGGAUCUUGUAUAAUCUGAUAGUCGUCCGUAAUCAGCAGACCAAAGACUCAGAGGAGUGGCAAAGACUCAACUAUGAUAUCUACACCCUGCGGCAGAUCCGCAGGGAAGUAAGGAACAGGUGGAGACGAAUCUUAGAAGAUUUGGGCUUUCAAAGGGAAGCUGACUCUUUGCUGUCAGUGACCAAACUCAGCACCAUGAGUGAUUCCAAAAACACGAGGAAAGCCCGAGAGAUGCUGUUAAAACUGGCAGAAGAGACCUCUAUCUUCCCAGCCAGCUGGGAGCUCUCCGAGAGAUAUCUCUUGAUUGUGGACCGGCUCAUUGCUCUAGAUGCUGCUGAUGACUUCUUUAAGAUUGCUAGCCAAAUGUACCCCAAGAAACCUGGGGUCCCCUGCCUGGUAGACGGCCAGAGGAAGCUGCCCUACCUUCCAUUUCCAAGUCCCUGAAGGGAGGCCCAGAAGAACAGAGCUCUUUACACAGUAACUCACCCAAGCUGGACAGCUGCCCGCAGUUUCCAGUGAGCCAGGAGAGGGCUUUCUCCAGUCAAACACUAAUGUGAAUCCUACGAAACGAAAGGUCUUCCUCAGGACCCUCCCCUAAGGAUGCUCUGGUUACACUAAAACACCCGGUGACCACCGUGCAUCCAGAAAGGAAGGUUAAAGAGGUGGUUGGUGGGCAGUUCUUCCUGGAUAGUCAGGUUCCAAGAAUCCAUGGCUUCAUUGGUUAUGUAAGCCCCAGUUGUUCAUUCUGUGGAGGACGGAUGUUUUCUAAUCAACAGAAGGGUCUGACUAAUAGAGAAGGGUGUAACCGAGCCCUCAAUUACAUCACCAACGUCGAGGUAAUCAUUAUUAAGUGUAGUACUAGACAGGGUGCCCCAGAUUUCAUAAAACCCCCUGUGACCUCGCUUUGAUUUGGAAACACCUGCAGCAGCUGGGGCGCUGUUUAGGGCAUCCCGUUGAGCAUCAGGCACGGUUAUUUAGAAGACUAGGUGAGCCAGACAAUAGAACUGUGUAGACAUACAGCCCAGACAGCAGAACUUCCUGUAGCUCGUGUCUUCCUCUGUGACGAGAGCACCCCGAAUCCUUGGCACCAACCCUCAGCCCUGAAGUUACCCAGUUGCCUCGAUUUUUUUUUUCCAUGUUGCCCAUUUCUGAUCCAAAAGCCCUUGGCAUUUUUAUGAAUAGCAUCUGUAAUCUGGAACGUUUGGCCUCUACUCCCUGCCUUGAAUCUGUUUCCUGAUUAUCAGCUGAGGGUCGCAGCCGCCUAGGGACCUUUUGGUGCAGACUUGCAGAUAUGCAGGUAGUGGCACAUGCUGACUGCUGGGUCUUCACUCUGAGGGUGAUUUUCCAAAAUGGAGCUGUGCUAACACCGAAUGGGAAGCCCCAUCUCCCAAGAUCAUAAAGCAAAGCUUGCCAAGAGAUCGUGGUGCGUUUUGUUGAAAGGCCUUUAAAGACUUGUGGGAUUUAUCUGUAGACUUCUGAGAACAAUAGAAAUAUUUUUAUUUUUUAACGAUUUUGCACUUCUGACUUCAGGUGGAAAAUAAAUUUGUAUUAGUCUGUUCAGGGGUUUGAGACUUGAAAAAUUUCAUAUCCUGAGAAGUUUUCUUUUUUCCCCAAGCGUAUACUUCAUGUUUAAAAUAUUUACUAGGAAAUACAUGUCCUCCAUUCAUUAAUAUAUUAUAGACUAAUUUAACAGGUGCGUUUCAGGAAAAUUCUUCCUAGUUUAAUAAGUAAGGUAAAAGUUUUAUUUUAUUUUAUUUUAUUUUUUAGUGUUUAGUGCUUAUUCUCUACUUCAUGUUUAAGAUUAGCCCACAACUAUUUUCAGUCUCUUCUGUGGGCUAUUAGAAGAUAAACAAUAAAAUAAACAAAAGACAUCUUAGAAUGUUGUAUUGUUUUAAUCAGAAUUUGUUUUGGCUUUUGUCUUCUUUGAUGUCAAAAUAGAUAAAAUUGUCUGCGUCUAUGAAUUGUAAACCAUUUACCAUAGUUUUUAUUUUUUGGUUUCAAACAAGUAAGGAUAAAAUUAUCUCUGUGGUAACUAAAAUACCUGCAAUUACCCAGGAGAUGUUUCCCCAAGGAAUUAAAAGACUUCUCUGUGUGCCUUCAA